AAAUGGUCCCCCAACUAUGCAUGUUGUGGGAGCAGCAACCCACAUACAGAACUCAAGAAGCCAUGGCCUGGAGGCUGCACCCAGACACGAAAGACUGGAGAGAGGAGCUGGUGGGGAAACCCCAGAGUCCCCAGGGUGCCACUCCCCGGCUCCACCAGACACUUUGGGAAUGAGCUGCUGCCCGAGUGGCCCUCUCCAGGGUUUCAGUGAGGGUCUCUCCCCUCCAGGGAGGAGCAGACCCUUGCCAACUGGAGUCCUGAGAGAGGAGAGAGUUCAAUUCCUCCACAGGGGACUCUGCAACUGAGAUCUUUGGAGUGAAGCAUCUGCGAGCCCCUCAGGGACCCAGGAUGAACUGCACAGCAGCUGAAGGAAGACAGGUCAGACCAGGCGGGAGGGAGCCACGAAACAUCUGGCCUGUAGUUUCAGAUUCUACCUGUUCACAGUUCACACAGUCUCCCCAGGAAACUCACACCUUGCCCUAUGCCAAGUUUUUAAGACAGUUAAGCUCUGCCCAUCCAAGACUUCAUUUUUCUUGAGUAGAAAAUCACUGAAAUCAUCAGAUCCAUGGCACCCACCCUCACUUUCUCCUAACAGCUGAAACCGUCAGGCUGGCUUCAGGGCCUGGUCUUCGCACUUGAUAUCACUAUCCUUCACCUGCUCAGACAACCGGAGCAGGCGGGUGAGUUCCUCCCAGCAACCUCCACUGCAUUCUCUCAGCUCCCACUGCAGGGCAGCCCAUGCGUCUGAGUGAACAUGUGUGCAUGUGCACACACACAGGUAUGCACAGACAUACACUAAACAUGAACACACAGUGCACAUGAACGCUGCUCCAAGCUAGGGCCCUCUGGUCAGACUGCUGCCUGGGUUAGAAUUCUUGUCCCCCUCCAUGACCACUUACUAUAGUUCUGUGAUCCUGCACAAGUGACUGAAUCUCCCUGUGCCACAGUUUCUUCUUGUAGAAACUGGGAAAGAUCACAGUACCUACCUCCUUAGAGUCAUUGUGAAGGUCAAUUUGAGGCAUCACACAUUUAAGGCACCCAGACAUAAGGGUCAACAGGGUUAGCUAUCACUGUCCAGUUUGGUGAGAGGAACUGAAUGCAUGUGGACACAUGGACUCAGUCUACACGCAGGCACAAAAGGAGCUACAUUGGUUACAUUCAGGUAUACCCCAGAGCACUACAAUUCUCUGAGACAUUGUCUGGAAAUCUAGAAAUCACCUCCUUGCCCUUUAAGGUAUUUUAACACUCACAUUCCUCUGCCUUUCUAAGAAUGUGAAUCUUCCCAAGCUGUCCUUGAGAGACACAGCCUCCCCUUGAGGGAAACAUGCAAAUGCUCCAUAAGCAGCCACAGUGUGGGGCUCUGCCGUGAGGAAGUCACAGCAGACACGCUAGACAGCAUAGUCCUGGCUACAGCCUGGAGGAAGGGAGGCCCGUGGUGGAGCACUCACUCCGUGCUUGUCUGCCCAGUGAGACCUCAAGUUCCUUGAAGACAAAGGCCAUGGGUUGUUGACUCUUGUGUUCCUGGUGGCCUUCACAGAGCUGAACAGAGGACAGACGCACAGACAGGUGGGGCUCUGGUGGUCAAGGCAGCAGUAUCCUUAGAUGCUAAAGUCUGAGCCAGGCCAUCAGGCCCGGCAUGGACAGGGCAAGGCCCAUAGUGGUGGGAAGCCAGUUGGCCAGCUGGGGUGAGAAGACCAUGAAGCCAUGGGCAGACAGGAAGUAGAGGUGAAUGUGUCUGCCUCCUAUAGGCCUCUGCCGGGACAACACAGACCCUCUAGCUGGGGCAGCACAGACCCUCUAGCUGGGGCAGCACAGACCCUCUAGCUGGGGCAGCACAGACCCUCUAGCUGGGGCAGAACAAGGCUGGUGCUUCCUUCUAGUCCUUGAGCCUGUAUAGCUCAAACUCAAGCAGAACCCUGGGGUUUUGGGAUUCUGUGUGGUGACUGCUGAGGAAGGUUUAUGGAUUUGACAGGGUGCAUGUGAGAGAGACAAUUCUCAGUCAGCACUUCCUGUCCCCUGCAGAGGCUCAUAGGGGACAGCCCUUGCCAAGGAGACCCUGGAGGGACUCUGAGGAUAACAAUCAGAGGUUGGGCUGGCUGGACUGAGCCUGGGCCUGUUGUCCACCAAAUCUCCAUAGGCUCUAGCCUGACCCCUCCCUCCACCCCUGGGCUAUGCAGGCCAGCCUGUGCAGAACACCCCGAUGCGUCCAUUAGCAACAUCCGCCUCACUGUGCCAACACUCCAUCCACACAGGAAAGGGCCGAGAAGGCAAUGCUUAACCCAAAGGAGUGAGUUUCAUAGGAGGAGUGGUUUCAACAGUUUCACUGCAGGACACUGAGGGAAUAUUUCCCUAUCCCUUCAAAUGGACGGUCACUGCAGAAACGUGUAGAGCAAGACUUUGUCAACGGGUUGUUUCCAGGUCUCCCGGUGUCUAAAUAGCAGAGUUGGGAUGGGAACCGAGAACCGAUUCUUUCCACAACCGCCCACUGAGUAGCAAGGCUGCAGCCAGCAAAGCGGUGUGCAGAAGCAAGCAAGCUCCAUGUGGUGGGGACAGCACAUCGCCACCUCCACCGCCCCCUGCAAUGGGCUGCCAGCAAGGUCACCUGCCUUCCAGUGUAUCUACUGUGUGAGCUUCUCCAGCUCUUCUCUGUUUUCUCUUCCUCAGCAUCCACCCCGUGACACGUAGUGGUGGCUGAUGUCGCCACAGUACCAUGAGGUUAACAGCUCCUCCCUCCAGCUUCCUUCAUGGUGGCAGCCUCACCUGCAUUCCAGCCAUUUGCCGGACACCGCACCAGACCCUCAAAGCCCAUCCAAGACUGUGGGGAGUAGUAAACAACCCAGCCCAGUUAAAAGGAGAUGCUGAAUUUAAUGAACUCUAUUUGAAUUGCAGGGCUGUGAUUCCUCUUACCUUUAACGUGAACUCACAGGCGGAUUAAAGUGAAAUAAAACCUACCAUUUGAGUUACAUUCUCA